GCUGUUACCACCACUACCAGGGCUGACACCACGACGACGGCGACGACGACGAGCGUGAAAAAGAUGGCGGCGCUCAUCAGGCAUGGCUUGUUCGCCAGCGCAUUUAAGAGUACUCCGAGUAUACUCGCCACUCACACGGCGACCGCGCGUCUCGAUAUCACCCGGCACAAGAGCAAGAGGAGCAAGGUUGUGAAAGUGCAGGCGAAGGCAAGGAUCGAAUCGGCAAGGGAAUCCUUGGCUGCCCGCGGAUUUUUGAGAUCACAAAAACCUUACGAACCUCCUGAAGACGUAUCCGAGAGGAUCGAGCAAAUCUGUGAGAAUCAGAUCAUCUCCGCGCACAAUGACGCGAAACUGGAAGAUCCCGUUCUUCGCUUUAAACUAUUCGUUGCUUGCGAAGAGGAAUUUAAACAUUCCAUCCCGAACUCGUUGCUUCACACCGUCGAAACUAUUGAGGAUUUAAAACGGUUUUACACGACAUCAGUGGACACUGCGACGCCAUAUGAAGCGCUACGUAAACUAGAUUUACCUAAGAAUUUGCACAUCCAGCAGGAUUAUCAUCGAUUUCAUCCGGAUACCGACACUAUGUUCGACGGUAAAACGGCCUUCCCGAAAAGUUCUACCCUUGUGACCGGUCUCAAGUACAAAAAGAAAUAUCCCGGGCACAUGCAAGACAAUCCAUGGUUAGACGAGCAAAUGAAGAUUUAAAUAUAAUUAAUAUUACCGAUUAAAAAUAACUAUAAAUAUAUAAAGUUAUUGUAUACACAGUAAAGCAAUAAAUUUGU